AUGGAAGGGCCGUUAGCCGUGUUCGGGGAGCGCAGCUCCGGUGAUAUCGUCAGAAGCCAGAAUGUUAUGGCAGCAGCAUCCAUUGCUAAUAUUGUCAAAAGCUCACUUGGUCCUGUUGGUCUGGAUAAAAUGUUGGUGGAUGAUAUUGGGGAUGUAACUAUAACUAAUGAUGGGGCAACCAUUCUGAAGUUGCUGGAAGUGGAACACCCGGCAGCCAAAGUCCUUUGUGAACUGGCAGAUCUACAAGACACUGAAGUUGGAGAUGGGACAACAUCAGUAGUAAUUAUUGCUGCGGAAUUGCUGAAGAAUGCUGACGAACUGGUGAAACAGAAAAUUCACCCCACAUCUAUCAUUGGGGGAUAUCGUCUGGCUUGCAAAGAAGCCGUCCGAUACAUCAAUGAAAAUCUCACAAUCAACACUGAUGAGCUUGGCAAAGAGUGUCUUCUCAAUGCUGCCAAGACAUCAAUGUCUUCUAAGAUUAUUGGAGUCGACAGUGACUUUUUUGCUACCAUGGUGGUUGAUGCUGCACUUGCAGUUAAGUACGUGGAUCCUAAGGGUCUGGCUCGGUACCCCAUCAAUUCUAUUAAUGUCCUGAAAGCUCACGGCCGGAGUCAGAGGGAGAGCAUUCUUGUCAAUGGUUAUGCACUUAACUGUGUGGUGGGCUCACAAGGGAUGAACAAAAGGAUCACAAAUGCAAAAAUUGCCUGUCUAGAUUUCAGUCUGCAGAAAACAAAAAUGAAACUUGGUGUACAAGUUAUCAUUUCAGACCCAUCUAAGCUGGAUCAAAUCAGACAAAGGGAAUCUGACAUUACCAAGGAGAGAAUCCAGAAGAUCUUGGCGACUGGGGCAAAUGUUAUUCUUACUACUGGUGGCAUUGAUGAUAUGUGCCUCAAGUACUUUGUUGAUGCAGGUGCAAUGGCUGUACGAAGAGUUCUUAAAAGGGAUUUGAAACGUAUUGCAAAAGCUACUGGAGCUACUGUUUGCUCAACACUUUGUAACCUGGAAGGCGAAGAAAGCUUUGAGGUGUCCAUGUUGGGGCAGGCUGAAGAAGUUGUACAAGAAAGAAUAUGUGAUGAUGAGCUGAUCCUAAUUAAAAAUACAAAGGCUAGAACAUGUGCUUCAAUUAUUCUUCGUGGGGCAAAUGACUUCAUGUGUGAUGAAAUGGAGCGAUCUGUCCAUGAUGCACUUUGUGUAGUGAAGAGAGUCCUAGAAUCCAAGUCUGUGGUACCAGGAGGAGGAGCGGUAGAGGCUGCACUUUCCAUUUAUCUUGAGAACUAUGCUACUAGCAUGGGCUCCAGGGAACAAUUGGCAAUUGCAGAGUUUGCAAGAGCACUUCUGGUUAUUCCAAAAACACUCGCAGUGAAUGCUGCUCAAGAUUCUAUUGACCUGGUCGCUAAACUUCGCGCUUUCCAUAACGAGGCUCAGGUCAAUCCAGAACGCAAAAACCUUAAGUGGAUUGGUCUUGACUUGCUCAAUGGAAAGCCCGAGAUAACAAGCAAGCUGGUGUAUUUGAACCCACUGUAGUCAAGACAAAGAGUCUGAAGUUUGCAACAGAAGCUGCAAUCACAAUCCUGCGAAUUGAUGACCUGAUUAAGUUACACCCAGAGAGCAAAGAAGAAAAGGGGAAGUACCAUGAAGCUGUGCAGUCUGGGUCAAUUGAAGGUUGA